AUGUCGGUCGAUGAUGUAGAAAUGUUGGAGGACGAACAAAUAGAAGAGGAAGCAAUUCCAGGUAAAUACUAUUUUAUUGUGUUAUAUUGUUUUGCUUGUUAUGAUAUUAAUAUGUUGUUCUUUUAAUAUUUUGUUUAAAUUCUAUUGUUUCUAACAUAAUAGGAAGUUACGUUUUUUAUCAUUGAUGCUUUAGAAAAUAUGGAAGAGGUCCCAGAUGAAUCGUUGGUGGCAUUGAAAGUUCAUGAUAAAGAUAUUUUUACAAUUAGUUUAUCACAAGAUGGAAAACGUUUGUUAACAGGAGGAGAAGACGAUAAAGCAGUGUUUUGGAAUUUGGAAAAUGUUAACCAAGGUAGGAGUAUUUUGUUUUAGCGUUUAUAGUUUAGGUAUGACAUUGAAUCGGUUACUAGAAGGGCAUACGGAUUCUGUCGUUAGUGUAGCCUUUAAUGGUACAAACACAUUGUUUUGCACUGCUGAUAUGGCUGGAAAGAUUCAAAUAUUUGAUUCAAAAACUGGUGAGAAGUUGUACGAUGUAAGUUAAAACCUGGUAACGAGAUAACGAUAGAUGGACGUACACAGAAAAAAAUUAUAUUACUUUAGGUUGAUUAUUGUGACGACCUAGAGUGGACAAUAUGGCAUUCGCAAGCUGAUAUCUUAUUAGCCGGAACUUCAUCUGGCCAAAUAUACAUGUUUUUGUUGAGUCGCAAACAAAUUGAGAAAGUUAAGGUAAGUUAGAGCAAAGUCAGCGUAUUUAAUAUUGAUUUUUUAAAUCUUGUUUAACAUUCUUUGCCUAUUUUGUGCGAAGAAAGGCGGCUUUCUAGCGGUUUAUUUAUAGACCUACACCAGCGAGACUAAUGCGCCAUGCGUCGAUGGAAGACUGUUGCCGGGGUCGCAAAAUUUGUUAGCUGUCUACGGUGAUGGCCGCGUUAUAUCAUGGACUUUAAAAGAUUCUUCGUAUAUGACAUUAAAAUUACACACAGCUGCGACGGCGUUGGAUGCACAUUUUGAACAUCCUUUGGUUGCAGUUGGUACUGGGAAUGGCGUUACACAUAUUGUGAAUACUACAAACAUGAAAUCUGUACUCAAACUUGGAGUUGUUGAUGUAGGUUUAUUGUUAUUGCUCGUUACAGUUUUGAUCUUAUUUUGUUCUGCUUGGACCUGUGUGUUUUACUAAAACACUUUAGAAGACAGAAUCAGAAGAACAAGUGGAGGAUAGCGUGGAAACAGUCAAGUUUGCACAAGGCUAUCCUUGGAUCGCUGUAGGGUCUUCGAAUGGAAUGUUGGUUGUUUAUGACUAUGAAACAGGUCAAGCACGACAUGAAUGUGCUCACGAUACUAUGGCUGUAGUAAAGUGCAUGUGGUGGAAACCAGAUGCUAAUAGCAUUAGGAUAUUAUCGGCUUGCAUUGAUGGGGCUGUACGGUGUUGGGAUGCCAAAAGUGGAGACCCUUUGUUGGUAUGUUUAAUUAUGAAUUAAAAUAUAAAACAUAUAUCAUACUGCUAUUAUAAGUUUUAAAAUUUUUUAGUUUAAAUGCGGCGCUGGUCAAGAAAUAUUUGACUUUACGAUGGGUCUAGUGAACAACGAACCUUUGGUUUUCUGUGCUUGUGCUGGUGGCUACGUACGUGUUUACAGAUACGAAGAAAAACAACUCGAAUUGGAGAAUGACGUAUUACAAGAAGGAGACGUUGAAAAGGUUGAAGAAUGA